AUGAUUGUAUUUCUUGAUAUAUCUGAGAAAUUCACUACAUUGCUCAAAAAGACAUUUAUUGCUGCAAACAAUGCCCUUCUUCAACGUAACAUACCUCCAAUUAAAUAUCAUGUAUUCCUGGGAUCUUUGGAUGAAUUGAUAAAUUCUUGGAAAUCUAUUCAACCUCCUAAUUCUAAAAUUGAUAACUUUGUAAUAUGUACACCGGGUAACUCUUUGGGAUUUAUGAAUGGUGGAUUCGACGGUAGUUUAGUGAAAUCAAUUAAUGGAUCAUCUACCAAAUUUCAAGAUUAUUUACUUGAUAAAAGUAAUUCAUAUACUCCACCUGGUACAGUUAACAAGAUAAACUUAUUUGAAGUAUUGGGAAAUGACUAUAAAAAUUCAAAAUCUUGGGAAUUAAUGAAAAUUGAAACUAUUUUGCAUUGCCCUACAAUGAUUGUACCAGAAGAAAUAUUGGAUGAAAAUAUGGUUUUCAAUUGUAUGUGGAAUAUCUUCAAUUCUACAGAAAGAAACUCGAAUUUAAUUAUUCCAGGUUUCGGUACUGGUUAUGGAUCAAUUCUGUUGGAAAGGGCUGCCAUGGAUAUGGUUGCAGCUACAAUUCUACACAAAAUGGAAAUAUCACAACCACUUAAAAGGUCACUUCUCAUACUAAUAUAUUUAGGGAAACAAUAUCAGAAAUUAUUAAAUAAAGAAGAUAUUGGAACUUUUGAAAAAGUUCUUAAUAAGAGUCUGUAUGAAGAGUAUAGAAAAUUUUAUAUUAAAAGUACAAAUUCAUGGAAUCAACUCUUUGAUUGUGUUAAAUGGUAA